AUGCAGGCGCGGCUGUGGCUCCUCCUCGCCGCGCAGCUGGCAGCUUUGCACGGCAGCUUGGUCCUCCAGCAGACCCCUGCAUCCUUGAUGGUUCAGACCAACCAGACGGUGACUCUGUCCUGUAAAACCGAAACCUCACCUUCUAACACACGCAUCUACUGGCUGCGGCAGCGCCAGGCCCUGAGCGCUAACAGUCACUAUGAGUUCCUGGCCUACGGGGUGUCCGUCAAUAAGACUGUGUAUGGCAAGGAGGUGGAGCAGGAGAAGCUGACUGUGCUUGGAAAUUCUCCCCGGAGCUUGCUCAAGCUCCAAAGUGUGAAGCCUGCUGACAGUGGUGUCUACUUCUGCAUGAUCGUUGGGGUACCCAACCUGAUCUUUGGGAAAGGAACUCAACUGAGUGUGGUUGAUGUACUUCCUACCUCUCCCCAGCCAACCAGGAAGACCAGCAGCCCUAAAAAGAAAGUGUGCCGAUUCCCAAACCCAGUAACUCGGAAAGGUCUGUCCUGCACCCCGCUCAUCAUCGGCCUGCUGGUGGCCGCUGUCCUGAUUCUUCUGGUGUCCUUAGGUGUGGCCAUCCACCUGCGAUGCCUGCAGAGGAGAGCCCGGCUUCGUCUCUUAAAACAGUUUUACAAGUGA